AUGCAGCUCACUCAGUCUAUUCUGCUGCUCGCAGCCCUCACUACCAGCACCUUUGCUGCUUCUCCUCGCCCCCAAGGCUUUGAGCGCCGCCAGGCCACCGCCACCACCACCACCUCUUAUUACGCUUCUUCUUCCUCUUCUUCAGGCUCCGACUCUGCCUGGACUGACCUUCCUUCCGGUGCUGCCUCCACCGCCGGCUUCGGCGGCGUCACUGGCUCCUCCGGAUCAUCCGUGACCUACUCUGGCAACGUCGGCAGCCCCUACGGCUCCAACAUCAUCGAGGUCUCCGCCGAUGAGGCCAGCCAGUACAAGUUCGUCGCGCAGUUCCAGGGCUCCAACACCGACGACUGGACCGUCGCCAUCUGGAACAAGUACGGCUCCGACGGCACGAUGAACGGCUGGUACGGUAACGCCUGCAAGACCUUCACUCUCUCCCCCGGCUCUACCGUCUACAUCGCCUUCGACGAUGACUCCCAGGGUGGCUGGGCCGCCGCCGAGGGCUCCACCAUUCCCACUGAUUCCGACGGUGGCUACGCCUCCACCUGGGGUGAGUUCGACUUCGGCUCCACCACCAACAACGGCUGGUCUGGCUUUGACGUCUCGGCCAUCCAGGCCCAGAACGCCGGUCUUCCCGUUCAGGGUAUGGAGAUCUGCGAUGCUAUCGGUGGCACUUGCUCUUCUAUCACUGCCAACGCUGCUUCUGUCAACAACGCUUACACUUCGGCUGAGGCUGCCGUCGGUGGUAUCGGUGGUAACCUCGACUCCGGCAACGGUGUUCGUCUGGCUGUGACCAUUGACUACAGCGGCUAA